AUGGACAUAGCUGUAGACUAUCGUCCUGCCCAAACCAUAAUCCCAUCCCAGCCUUCAAUUCCAGCAUACAAGGUACCAUCGGCAGCUAGUCCGAAAAAGCUACCCAGCUUCCCCAGACACCACGACCGGAACCGUGGAGAACAAUCUUCGGGACAAGCCACUUGGCAUAAUACACCAGCACAGGAGCAAACUGUUGUUGCUGUCGAACCAUACUUGAACGGAACUAUCGACGAGGGCGGCGGGAUCAGCGGUACCGGAUAUCCCGGUACCGUACAACCUGGUACCGCGCCGUUACCCUCGACGAAAGUUCUGCAGCUAGGGGAGACGCGUGAACAUAGUCCUGCAGGGCGUACAAACUCAAUGAAGGGAGCUUUGAGAGCCAGGGGUUCGAGAUCGCAAAGCCGUGUGCGGAGAGCUUCGAUUGGCUCAAUCAAUGAAGACAUUACUGGUGCGGUUUUGCUCAUAACACCCCUUCGCUUCUCAUGGUUUACUUAUACUUUUUCAGAUAUUCCUCAAUCGUUCCUCGAGAAAUUGCCUCCAUCUCCAAACAGCAAGCAAACGACAAGCAUAGACAGCGCUCACACAUUCUCAGCAACACCAAAUUUCUACUGCCCAUCUGGGGCUUUUCAGGGUUGGAAACAAGUCAAGCUUGCAGGCAAGAGGCAGAGCAAGAGUUCUACGGAUUUGGAGAGGCUGACAAACCUACGGGAUGAGUGGGUUUGGAAUACUGUUAGCAAGAAAGACGAUCGCAAGAUGGAUAUCCAGGCUUUAGCAUUCAGGAAAGUCGGCCUCGAAGAUAUGCCCUAUGAGAUCUUAGAUAUGAUUCUUUCAUACCUCAUGCAGGACCUAUCACCGGAGUCUUAUGGGCCACGUAAGAGAGACCUUAUUGCUUGCUUAAUGACAAGUCGAACAUUGCAUGCGGCCACGUUGAGCGUCUUCUACAAACAUAUCACGAUACCACACUCAAUCACCUUUUCAAAGGUGCUAAAUCAUAUCACUGAAUACCCGGGGCUCGGCACACUCGUGAGGCGUUUGGACUUCUCCCACUACACCUCAGUUGGCUUUGGACGGACCAGGAGGGACAGUUGGGAAAUUCAGAAUUUGACGCCCAAAACAUUGUUACAAUGCUUCGAUCUAUGCACCAAUCUGAAAGAAUUUCAGGUUCACGAACAUAUCGAUGACGAGCUUGACGGAGAAGUUCUGAAGAAACUAUUCUCAAUGCCAUCCGUUCAUGCUAUGGAUUUCUGUGCGUGCUCAUCUCGGAGGUUUGUGAGCGGCUUUACAGCCACCCUCAACUCAAACGAUGUUCUUCCAGGGUCUCUCGGGAAUCUGAAGCGGCUUGGGCUCCACGCAUGCACGACUCUGCAAGCGCCAGUCUUUGAAGCACUCCUACCACGGUUACCGCAUUUGACUCAUCUCGAUGUGGGUAUGACUCUCAUUACUGACGAAGCGUUGUUGUCAAUUCCACGGAGCGCCCAUAUCACUCAUCUGGGUUUGGGCAAAUGCACCAGGAUCACCGGGCCCAAAUUGGUGGAAUUCUUGACGACGCAUGAGGCCGUCAAGAAUUCGCUAAUCUAUCUGAAUAUCAUGGCAGAUAUGUCGCGUUAUAUGCUGCUCUCACAUGAUGAUCUUGAGAAGCUUCUAAGACGACUACCGCCCACCAUGAGAUCACUCAAUAUUGGCGGGGCGCAAAUUUUCAACAAGCACGUGCCGCUGCUGCUCCCUCUAACUAAGCACCUCGAAGAACUAGGCCUGAGCCACGCUGAUUUGUCAGUCUCUCAUAUCAACUCGUUCUUUGUUCCAAGUCCUCCAAGCCAUGAUAACGAUUCCGAGAUCUCUGAGGAGGAGCUCAACUGGGAGCCUUGCACGUUGCGGUAUAUAGAUUUGACAGGCGUUCCAUCAGUCAGCCAGGCAACUCUGUUCGGUCCAAGCUGCGUGCUGGCAUCUGCACAUAGCUAUCCGCUAGAUGUCAUCGAGCUAAGCGAUCCUACCAUACAGCAGCUGAAGAUGCGAGCAAGCACGAUCAAACAAAUUGGCUGGACUGUGAAAGAGCUUGGACGACGUGGUUGGUUCGUGAGACUGCCAUCCAGCGAUAACACCGAUGACGGAAGACGAAGCUGGAAGAUGGGUGCUCGAUGGUGGGGAAUGAAAAAGGUGCCAGUUGCUGUGCAGGAGGUUGGUGGUAUGUACGGCCACUACAUGUUCAAGAGCUGA